GCAGAUAGAACACUACAGAAGGAUUUGUUCUGCUUAAGGGCAACCAUCUUCGCUGCAGUUCUUCUUGCUUCCGUCCAUCAUCCCUUUCACGCAAGGACAGCAAUCACAGUCAUGUUCCGCGCAUCAACAAAGCUUGCACGAUCUACCCUUUCGGCGCCCGCCAGAAAUGUUCUACAGGCGAGGAACUUUGGUGGACACAAGGAGAUCCAGUUCGGUCAGGAUGGAAGGCAAGCGUUGGCGAGGGGUGUGGAUAUUUUGGCCAAGGCCGUGGCAGUGACUCUGGGACCAAAGGGGCGAAAUGUGAUCAUUGAACAGGCCUAUGGGUCACCAAAGAUCACAAAGGACGGUGUGACUGUCGCAAAGUCGAUUGUUUUGGAGGACAAGUUUGAGAACUUGGGUGCUCGUCUCGUGCAGGACGUGGCCAACAAAACAAACGAGAUUGCUGGUGAUGGUACUACGACAGCUACCGUCUUGACCCGUGCAAUCUUCAUGGAGGGAAUGAAAAAUGUUGCCGCUGGUGUUAAUCCCACCGAGAUGAGAAAAGGUGUGCAACAGGCUGUUGACACUGUUGUCAAGGUUCUGCAAGAGAACAAGCGCAACAUCACCACUUCCCAGGAAAUUGCGCAGGUUGCAACCAUCUCUGCCAACGGCGAUAAGCACGUUGGUCAGCUGAUCGCGCAGGCCAUGGAAAAGGUUGGAAAAGAAGGCGUCAUCACCGUUCAAGAAGGGAAAACUCUUGUAGACGAGCUUGACAUUACUGAAGGAAUGCGCUUCGAUCGUGGUUACAUCUCCCCGUACUUCAUCACCGACACUCGCACUCAGAAGGUUGAGUUCGAGAAGCCCUUGAUCUUGCUAUCUGAACGCAAGAUCUCGUUGCUUCAGGAUCUCCUCCCCGCGCUUGAAAUCGCCGCGACUCGUCGUCGCCCUCUCCUCAUUAUUGCAGAGGACGUUGAUGGUGAGGCCCUUGCAGCUUGUAUUUUGAACAAGCUCCGCGGUCAGGUCCAGGUUUGCGCUGUGAAGGCCCCCGGUUUCGGUGACAACCGUAAGGCUAUGCUCCAGGACAUGGCUAUUCUUACUGGAGGCACCGUGUUCAGCGACGAGGUUGACUUGAAGCUCGAGAAGUGUACCCCUGAGGACCUUGGUGCAGCCAACUCGGCCACCAUUACAAAGGAUGACACUAUCUUCCUCAACGGUGCUGGCUCGAAAGAUGCAAUCAGCCAACGUGCCGAGCAACUCCGCUCCCUCAUUGCUAGUACGACCUCAGAAUACGAAAAGGAGAAACUCCAGGAGCGUCUCGCCAAACUUGCGGGUGGGGUGGCCGUUAUCAAGGUCGGUGGAUCGUCCGAAGUUGAGGUGGGCGAGAAGAAGGAUCGAUUCGUCGAUGCCCUGAACGCUACUCGUGCUGCUGUUGAGGAAGGUAUUGUUCCUGGUGGAGGUACAGCCCUUCUCAAGGCUUCCAGGCACCUUGACUCUAUCAAGCCUGACAACUUCGAUCAGAGCCUUGGUGUGGACAUUGUCCGCAAGGCCGUUCAGGCGCCUUGCAAGACAAUUGUAAAUAAUGCUGGAGAGGAGGGAGCUGUCGUCGUUGGCCGUUUGCUCGAGAGCUACAACGUGCCUGCCGAAGGUGCCAAAGAUGCCAAAGAGAGCAACUUCAACUACGGAUACAAUGCGGCAACAGGAAAGUACGUGGACAUGAUCCAAGAAGGUAUCAUCGACCCCCUCAAGGUUGUCCGCACUGCCCUUGUGGACGCUAGCGGUGUUGCGUCCCUUCUUACCACAACCGAGUGCAUGGUUGUAGAUGCUCCCAAGAAGGACGUUCCUGCACCGGCAAUGGGUGGUAUGGGUGGUAUGGGUGGCAUGGGUGGAAUGAUGUAAGAAUCGCCAUCACAGAAGCGUAUAUUAGGCAUGGUGUCACGUCGGAUGUAGGAAGGCAUUUUAGCAUAGAGUUUCUUUUGCAUUGUCUGUAGCGCGGUUAGCAGCAUGGUGCACUCACAAGCGCGGAUUUUGGGAUUAGGGUUGGUUAACGGCGUGGGGGACCUACUUUGUAUCAUACCUUUUUAAACUUUUUCAUAGAACAAAUUCAAUUUGAACAGAAAAUCUCAUG